AUGUCUCCGUCUGCUGCAUUCCCUGCUGACCGACCCCAGCAUUUCCCCUGCACAUUCCUCCUACGUCUCCCUCCCCCUAUUCCCCAACUCCCCUCUUCCCUGCCCCUCCUUUCUGUCGCCACAGCUCUCAGCUUUCUGUUACACCCUCCACGCUCCACAUACAGAGAGGUGACUUUUGAGUCGACUCAAACGUCACCUCCACGCCCCACACACACCACUCACCCCAGUCCUCUCUUUCUUCCUCCCACACCUCCCCUCACCCACACCCCAUUCUCAUCGCCCUUGUCCCCCCUCUCCGCCCCUGGGCGCAGGUACGGCAAGUACAAGCCUCUCACCGAGCCUGCCAAGUGCCAAGCAUGUGGCAAGAGGAAUGUGAAAGACGCAUACCACGCCAUCUGCAGAGCAUGUGCGCAGGAGAAAGGGUUGUGUGCCAAGUGCCGGCAGCCCACCAAAGAGAUCGUGCAAGAUGGAGCAGCAGUGCGGGAGAAUGAGAUGAAGCAACUCGAGGAGGCCCUCGGGAGGCUGAGGGAGAGGGAGAGGCGAAGCUUGCUGCGUGCGGUACGUGCUUGUCUUUCCCCCUUGCUGCGUGCGGUACGUGCUUGUCUUUCCCCCUUGCUGCGUGCGAUGUGCCACUCUGCUUUGCGUGCUGCACGCCCUCGGGAGGCUGAGGGAGAGGGAGAGGCGAAGCUUGCUGCGUGUGAGCCUUCCCCCUAG